GGGUGGGGGCCCGGUCGUGGGACCCCUGGGAACUGGGGACUCACAUUGUUUGCAGUGUGAGUCACUCUGUGUACUCUGCGUCUGCAAAGGACAAAGUUCCGACGCACUCUGGUCAAUGUUUAACGGGACGGUUCUGUGGGCGACAUGGCAGAGCAGCAGGCGUGAGGAGCAACUGUUGACAUGUGUCCACUGUGUGUGUGAGCCCCUCGCUGCUGACACACACACACACACACACACACACACACACCAGACUGAGGUUCCGUCCGGUAUUGGACGAUGGUGGUUCGUCUGUUGGUGCUGCUGCUACUUUCGUGCGGAACUCAAGCCGGAGCUCAGAUGACGCUGGCGCCUGGAGCGCUCACCGUCCUGCGAGGGGACGAGGCGCGGUUCACCUGCAGCACCUCCGACGCCCGGUGGACCGUGAUGGUGUGGCUGCUGAACGGCACCGCUGUGCUCACCGUGUCCAAGUCGCACGGCGUCCUGCCGUCCACCGGCACCAACGUCACGGCCGAGCCCGCCUCCGGCUCGAAGGGGGACGGCUGGACGUUUGUCCUGAGGAGCGCGGAGAGGCGCAGCCAGGGACAAGUCACCUGUGACCUUCAGGGCAUCGACAGGAAAACGGCAAACCUGUUUGUACAAGAGAAGGGCGUGGUCCGAGUCUCCGGGGACGACCAGUUGGCCCUCAAGGGGCAGCCGGUGCAGUUCGAGUGCCAAGCAGCGGGAUGGUUCCCUGAACCCCGUCUGCAGUGGCAGGUGAACGACAGAGAGGUGAGCGAGGGCGACUACAACGUCAGCAGUGAAGAGUCGGGGAAGAGCCUCUUCACCGUGAGCAGCAACCUCAGUGUGACGGCGGCGAAGAGCUCUCGUGUGGACUGUCUGGCGUCGGUGUCCGGCCUCCGCACGCCGCUGAAGAGCAGCGUGCGCCUGACAGUGGUUGCAGAGGUGCUGCAUGACGACGCAGACGACUGCACCGUCCCGCUGGCGCUGACCGCCUCCCUCUCCGCUCUCCUGCUGCUCCUCCUGCUCUGCGUCUGCAUCGUCCUCUGCCACCGACAGAGGAGACGAGCAAGAUCAAGUACACCAGAGGCCACAUGGUUCGACCAAUCGGUGGUGGGGAUAAGCUCGGUUGCUGAGGCGACGAGGGGGAAGGUCAACCUGGGAUACUCCAGUGAGGGUCACACAGAUGCAGAUUACAAUGAGCUAAUCAUGGAAAUCCGUAGAAAGAUGGACUUUGACAGCUUUCACAAGGUCCCUGAUGUGGUUCACUCCAGCGGUCCGGCGCCGCAGAGCGAGAGCCGAGUCCAGGCGAGUCCGUCGGAGGGAAACCCCACGAGCGUCAGGAGAAUCACCACAGUUUGACUAAGUUUUUUUUUAAUAUAUGUGAUGUGAUAAAUACCGUGUUGAUGAAAACGGUAUAGUAUUUUACAUGUAUAGUAUUCACAACUGGUGUUUUUAUGGUAUUACUGAAUUUUUCGUAUCGAUUCGAAGCAAAUAUUACGUGAUAUUGAGUAUUUUUCUGAGUAUUUUUUCCCCCCAAAGAUGUUAUGAAGCAAUUUUUGUGUGAAUCCUCAAAAAAAUGUAAAUUGUUUUUGAAUUUAUAACAUUGUAUUUUUAAUAAAUGUGUUAAUAGUGUGUUUCUUGACCUUUUUCACUUCCGUUCACCUCCUCCUACCUGAGCGUCUGGUGGAUGUAGUUCCUGCUUCUACUUUUUUUCUUUUGGGGUAUUGGAUCUACAAUUUCUCUGCUUGCGAAUAAAAAUGUAACCCUUUUGUUUAUGA